UGUAACAGUCACUGAUUCCAUGAGAGAGAAACAUGGCAGAUCGUUGCGACAUAAUAAAUGUCGAAUAUUGGUCUAAACGAUGGGCUAGUAAUGACGCUUCUUGGCACAAGAGCUUCAUUCAACCAUGUCUGGAGCAACAUUAUCAGAAGCUGCUACCAAAAAAUGACGGCGAACAAACCAAGGCUCGUAUCUUUGUACCUCUGUGUGGAAAGAGUUUAGACAUGUUGUGGCUUGCUGAGAAAGGUUGCCAAGUUGUUGGCCUUGAAGGCGUCGAAGAGGCAAUUCUGGAAUUCUUCAAGGAAAAUAAUGUAGCCUACGAUGUGAAAACCUUAGAUCCCGAUGGCAUCAAGUGUUAUUCAUCGCUUGACAAGAGCAAGGAUAUCUCAAUCUAUCGGAUGGAUGUGUUUAAAGUGACUCCCAUCAUCUUAGGAGGAACUCUUGACGCUAUUUGGGACAGGGGCUCAUUAUCAGCUAUUGGAUUGUACGUAGAAAACCGUGGCAGCCGAUAUGCUGACAUUUUGUCGUCUCUACUCCGUCCAAGUGGGUGUAUAAUGAUUGAAAACCAUGUCUGGUUCAACGACCCAGGGCCAAAUGGUGGACCUCCAAGUCAUGUUCCAGCUUCUGUCUUGAAGGAUUUGUUUGGAAAGAAUUUCGAUAUUACCCCACUGGAGGUCGAUCAAAGUAUUAUUCCUAAGAAUGAUCGAUACAAUAGAGUGUAUAAUCUAAUGAGGUUGAAAACAAAUCAUUGAGUCAAAACUUCUUUUUGAAUUUGGUUGCAAAUUUCUUGAAGGGCGCUUUGGGUUCCCUGUGGUUAAAGGUAGCCCAAAAACCCCAAAAAUGUAAUCAAAACGGAUCUCAUCAAAACGAAAGAAAUAAAAACAAGUCUUUUACAAUAA